AUGGCAAUCUAUGGCAUACCAGUUCCAACGAUAUUGGAUACCGAUAUUGGUACAGCCUAUGAUGAUCAUCUGGCGUUAGUAUACAUUCUGUCACUGCCAACUCGUUUUGAUUUAAAACUAAUUGUUUGUUCAACAACGAAUACAACAGCGCGAGCACAAAUUGUAGCGAAAACAUUGAGCUUUUUUAAACGUUUCGAUAUUCCAAUAGGUCUUGGUCGCGUUUCUCAAGAUACAUAUGGCAUAUUCGAAUAUCGAUGGGCAAAAGAUUAUUCAUUGGAACAGUUUCAGAAUGAUGGUGGAACCGUUUUUGUCGAUGGUGAACAAGCAUUAGCCGAUGAAAUGAAAAAAUCAUCGACGAAUCAAUUGUAUCAUUAUAUUCACAUAGGACCGGCAACAUCGUUGGCCAAUGUACUUGAAAAAUACCCAUCAUUGUCGGUAAAUAAUCGAUUAUUUGCUAUGGCUGGUAGUGUAUACUAUGGAUAUGAAAGUUCGACUACACCAUCUAAAGAAUAUAAUAUUGAAUAUGAUAUUCAAUCAGCGCAAAUCAUGUUUACAUCAAAUUGGGCCUAUUUCAGUUUAUCACCAUUGGAUUGCACAAACUUUAUGCAAUUUAAUGGUCUUCUCUGGAAGACAUUUUUAUCCUAUCGAAACAGAUCUCGUACAGUCAAUAUGAUCAUUGAGAGUUACACAAUAUGGUAUGAUGAUGGUGGAAACAAUAUGAGUGCCAUUCAACCCUUCAAUCCUGAACUGGGUACGCCUGAAAUGCACGAUGUUUUAGCUGUCUAUUUAGCAGGUAGUUAUACAUCUGUUGAUCCGACUAUAUCAUUUUUUCUACCAAUAUUCGUGACGAACGAUGGUUAUACAUGCGAAAACGAAACAAUUGAGAAGACCAUCAGUACCUGUUUGAAAUACCAAACAUCGAAUCCAUAUGACGCAACAGCUCAAAUAGGUUGGAAAGUAUUUGAAUCAAUCAUACAGAACGAUGUAGAUAUGAAAGCCCAAGGCCAUCAUUUCUUUACAUGUCGACUGUCAUGGAUUAUUUUAUCGAUUUGUAUAUUGUUGUAUAUCUGCCAUUAUCAAUAA